AUGAGUGGGAUAUGGUAUGGGUUUUCCAUUCCAUGGUACCAUGGUAUUGGUAUCAAGCUCAUAUACCACCCCGGAAUGGGUACCCUCAAGAAUCUCCUUUUCGAGUACAAUGUGCAGCAUGACUGCCAGAAGGCACACUGUACAGCAUCUGGGAGGCAGCCAGUUGUCCAGGAACAUAUUGAAAUCGAAAAACAAGAAGAUUUUAUUUUACACAAAACACUUGAUGAGUAUCUGGUCAACACACACAGGUUUCAUAAUGCGCACCUUGUUCGAGCUGUCCUUCCAAGGGAACUCAUUGCUCUGAUCCCAUAUACCCCAACAGCCGCAGCCAAAAAGAGGAAGUGA